CUGCGGAGACAGAUGUACGAGUGGCUCAACGGCCCUGGUUCAAAGCUCCGACAACCUCUUCCGGGUUCCUCCAACUACCUUGGCGCAUAUGACAGAUACGGUCAAUUGCAGCGGUUAGUGGAUAGGGAAAAGCCGAGAACGGUAGAGGCCGAGGAGCCAGAGGAGGGUGAAAGUGCUAAGGAAGAAGCUACGCAAGCCGAUUUCGAUAUGGAUACGCUGCCACCUGCAAAGGGACAGGACCUCAUGCCUUUCCCACUCAACCAGAACUUCAAGAGUCAAAACGUCUUGAGCGAGGCACUGCGAGAGAGGAUCUACGAGGAGAUCGCCGUGGAAAAGCAACCUAUCCAGAUUGUCAGCUCAAAGUACAUGGUUACGAUGGAGAGGGUGGCUGCUGUCGUCAGGUUAAAGACCAUUGAGAAGCAGUGGGUUCAAGAAGGCAAGGGACUUGCGACCCCCUACUCGAAGGCCGUUCUUGCCAUGCUGCCCAGGACGGAGCUGCAAGAGUCUGGUAGGCAACUUGAUCACGAACCCAUCCAAGAUCUCCCCGUCCACCCUGCUACCCGGCAGCAAAUCUUCUACCCCACGUCUGAGUCGCGGCACUUUACGCGCGAAGACGCGGCCAAGGUCUUUGCCCGUGACCUUCUGCCCGCCGACAAGCGGAUUCCGCACCCCGACCUGGUCGAGGCGGAACGCGACAUGAUUGCGGGAUUGAGCUUCGAGGAGCGAGUGAACAAGCAGCGCCAGCGCGACCAGAAGCGCGCCGAGGCCCUGCAGCGCGCGGAGCGCAAGCGCGCCGAGAAGGCGGCCAGGGUCAGCACGGUCAGGGCGCGUCGGUGGGACUUCAAGUUCGAGGAGUUUAGCGUCGACCAGGUCGGCACGGAUGGCAAGAGCCCUGGCGGUGUCGGCUGGAGGUACGGCAACCCGCAUAACGACCGGAAGAGGGGGCUGGUUAAGAUACCCAAGAAGGUCGAC